AUAAAGUAACUCAGUAAAUCACCUCUGCCCUGACGUUUAUAGAUUUAGUAAAAUAAAGCGACUUUUUAUAUUUAAAUGAUAAAUGAGUCAAUGGCGGGUGAUGAAAGAUCAUAUUUUACAAAAGAACAAGUUACUUCUCCUCUCGUAAACCCAAGCCAAAAAUGCGGCAUAGAUGCAGACAAAGAAUUGUCAUAUAGACAACAAGCUUCUAAUUUUAUUCAAGACAUGGGUCAAAGGCUUAAAUUAACUCAACUGUGCAUAAACACGGCAAUAGUUUAUAUGCAUCGUUUUUACAUGUUUCAUUCAUUUACAAAAUUCCACAGAAAUGCUAUUUCAACGUGUGCACUGUUCUUGGCUGCAAAAGUUGAAGAACAACCCAGGAAGCUUGAACAUGUGAUAAAUGUUGCUCAUAGAUGUCUUCAUCGAGAUGCUCCUGCACUUGACAUCAAGAGUGAAGCCUACAUGGAACAAGCAUAUGAAAUAGUUGUGAAUGAAAACAUCAUGUUACAAACAUUAG